AUGGAGUCUUCUCUUUCCGCCACCUCUGAGGCACGAAAGGCGCGUCUACUCGCGCUACGUCGAAGAAAGGAGGGCGGAGACGGGUGCGCUAUGUUUGUUCUAGCUUGGGGAAGAGAUCUAAUGAUGCUUUCCAGCGCGGAUGAUUCCAUACUAAAGAGUCGCAAUUUUGACCCUGAGACUCGUACGCUCAAGAAGCGACCUGUAUUCCAAGAUGACACGGAAAUGAAGGACACUGUUGAAAACAACGUGGCUGGGCUGGCCGAGAAAAUCAUCACAGAAGAUGAGCAACGGAGAGCGCAGGAGCUGGACAUCUUCAACAUUGCUCCAAAAAGACCAAAUUGGGACUUGAAGCGCGAAAUGGACAAGAAACUGGCAAAACUACAACGACGAACACAAGAGUCCAUCCACACAUUGAUUCGUAGGAGAUUAGCGGAGCAAAAGGGCGAGACUGGGGACAUUGCUGGUGCUAUGCGUGCCGAAGAGAAGGCUCAAAACCAAGACGACGAUGACGACGACGAUUGA